AGGGAGGAUACCGUCCCUUAUAAAGCGGGACUGGGUCAAGUUCAAGUGAAUUGGGUCUAGUCAUUAGGGGAAGGGGGAGGGAGUCUAUUCCAACCAUUGUGGGCCAUCUCGUCAUGUGUUUGUUUUGUUUCUCUUUCACUCUUACUCAUUGUCAGAUGGUUUUCUUUCUUAUUCCUCUGUGGGCUUCCGAGGACAGUACAUUUUCUUUGCUCGCAAUCUCGUGUUUUUGGAUAUUACCAGCUUGCCAGAAGGGGCAUAGUUCUCGGACAGGUCCAUCCUUGGUUCACUCCGCCGUGGUUUAUUCCCGACUCGUCCGGCGUUUGUCCUAUGCCAGAGAUAGCGACGCUUUAGGCGGCUGUCCACUCGGUCAGUACUGUAACUACAUGAUUGUCUCCGACUGGACGAUUUCUGGGCUCUUCUGUGAGGCUUAAUGUACCUAAAACUCUGUAACUCUGCUGCCUUAUGUUCCCCGUAUCAUCCAUAAGAGGCCUGGGUGUUGGGAGAGGGUUGAUAAUCUGUG